CCAUUCAUAAGCCUAGGCGGCUGAGGCGCAGGUAUUGUGCCGGUUACUAUAGUAUCACCUUGGAAAGGCUCACUUGGUGAGAGCCGCAGCCGAGCUGGGGUGGGGCAGGAGGGGUACGCGGCUGGCUGGAGGGACUGGCGCUAGGCCACGGAUGCUGCUGCUGGUCUCAGGACUUCUGGUGGUCCGGAGCUCACGCUAGCGUCCCCAGCUGCAGCCUAGGGAGGGAGGCUGCGCUCAGUCUGAGACAGCGGCCACAGGCUGCUGCAGAGAGUGCAGCUUUUGCAAGGGGCUGAAUUCCCAGCCAGACACCCCUUGGCCUCCUUUUUGGAGGGGUGGGGCAGAGAGAGGAGGGAGUUGUCUCAUCUUGGAAGGUCUGGGCUGGGUUUCAUCUCCUUUUUGAUUUUGAGUGGUUCCCUCCAUGAGAAUUGACUUCCAGGUGUUCGCCAAAGGAAACAAGGUGCUCCCCACACUGGAAAUUCUCGAGAAAGGAUGACAGUUUUUGAGACUGACUGUUAACGGCUCAGAGGUGCCCCUCAUUCAAAAUGCCUUUUAAAGCAUUUGAUACCUUCAAAGAAAAAAUUCUGAAACCUGGGAAGGAAGGAGUGAAGAACGCCGUCGGAGAUUCUCUGGGAAUUUUACAAAGAAAAUUUGAUGGGACCACUGAGGAAGAAGAUAACAUCGAGCUGAAUGAAGAAGGAAGGCCAGUGCCGACGUCCAGGCAGAGCCCCCCACUCUGUGACUGCCACUGCUGUGGCCUCCCCAAGCGUUACAUCAUUGCUAUCAUGAGUGGGCUGGGAUUCUGCAUUUCCUUUGGCAUCCGGUGCAAUCUUGGAGUUGCCAUUGUGGAAAUGGUCAACAACAGCACCGUAUACGUUGAUGGAAAACCGGAAAUUCAGACAGCACAGUUUAACUGGGAUCCAGAAACAGUGGGCCUUAUCCAUGGAUCUUUUUUCUGGGGUUAUAUUAUGACACAAAUUCCAGGUGGUUUCAUUUCAAACAAGUUUGCUGCUAACAGGGUCUUUGGAGCUGCCAUCUUCUUAACAUCAACUCUGAACAUGUUCAUUCCUUCUGCGGCCAGAGUGCAUUACGGAUUCGUCAUGUGUGUCAGAAUUCUGCAAGGUCUAGUGGAGGGUGUGACCUACCCAGCCUGCCAUGGGAUGUGGAGUAAGUGGGCACCACCUUUGGAGAGAAGUCGAUUGGCCACAACCUCUUUUUGUGGUUCCUAUGCGGGGGCGGUGGUCGCUAUGCCCCUGGCUGGGGUGUUGGUGCAGUACAUUGGAUGGUCCUCUGUCUUCUAUAUUUACGGUAUGUUUGGGAUUAUCUGGUACAUGUUUUGGCUGUUGCAGGCCUAUGAGUGCCCAGCAGCUCAUCCAACAAUAUCUAAUGAGGAGAAGACCUAUAUAGAGACAAGCAUAGGAGAGGGGGCCAACGUGGUUAGUCUAAGUAAAUUUAGUACCCCAUGGAAAAGAUUUUUCACAUCAUUGCCGGUUUAUGCAAUCAUUGUGGCAAAUUUUUGCAGAAGCUGGACCUUUUAUUUGCUCCUUAUAAGUCAGCCUGCCUAUUUUGAAGAGGUCUUUGGAUUUGCAAUAAGUAAGGUGGGCCUCUUAUCAGCAGUCCCACACAUGGUUAUGACAAUCGUUGUACCUAUUGGAGGACAAUUGGCUGAUUAUUUAAGAAGCAGGCAAAUUUUGACCACAACUGCUGUCAGAAAAAUCAUGAACUGUGGAGGUUUUGGCAUGGAGGCAACCUUACUCCUGGUGGUUGGCUUUUCCCAUACCAAAGGGGUGGCUAUCUCCUUUCUGGUGCUUGCUGUAGGAUUUAGUGGCUUUGCUAUUUCAGGUAAUGUUUUAACUGUCAACCACCUGGACAUUGCCCCCCUGUAUGCCAGCAUUCUCAUGGGGAUCUCAAAUGGAGUGGGAACCCUUUCUGGAAUGGUCUGUCCCCUCAUUGUCGGUGCAAUGACCAGGCACAAGACCCGUGAAGAAUGGCAGAAUGUGUUCCUCAUAGCUGCCCUGGUGCACUACAGUGGUGUGAUCUUCUAUGGGGUCUUUGCUUCUGGGGAGAAACAGGAGUGGGCUGACCCAGAGAAUCUCUCUGAGGAGAAAUGUGGAAUCAUUGACCAGGAUGAAUUAGCUGAGGAGACAGAACUCAACCAUGAGAGUUUUUCGAGUCCCAGAAAGAAGAUGUCUUAUGGAGCCACUGCCCAGAAUUGUGAAGUCCAGAAGAAGGAAUGGAAAGGACAGAGAGGAACGACCCUUGAUGAGGAAGAGCCAACAUUCUACCAGAAUGAAGAGAGAAACUUCUCAGCUACAUCCUAAUGUCUGAGGGGCACUUCUGUCUUCUCCUUACUUUAGAACCAGAAAGUAUCCAAACCUAUUGCCUUUCUUGUAGCCCAGCUUGUCAGAGGUCCAAAUAUGGGGAGAGGAGAAGAUCUAACCAGUGACAGGGAAAAGAGAAAUAUUAUCUUUCGAUGACAUGCAUAGGUAAAAAGCUGAGCUCAGUUGGUAAAAUAGUUCAUAAUACGUAUUUUUUGAAUUGACAGUUGACCCUUCUCUCAAAGAGCUGAACUUAUUCAGAAAGGCAUGACUAGAGUUGUUCAAAGAAACAUAGAAGGAAAUGGGGAUAUUUGGCCAGAAGGAAUGUAGACAAUAGCUGCCACCACAUCUCUAGGGUAGCCAUGCAGAGGAUAGAUGCCGCCACAUCUCUAGAGUAGCCUCGUAUUCCCAUAGAACCCCACACUGUGGCAGGUGCUGUAUAAACACUCUUAUUUAAUCUCUGCACCUUUAUGACACACAUUUCCUGUCCCAUUUUACCACCAAGGGAACUAAAGCAACAAGAUACAAACUUGCCCAAGGUCAUCUACCAGAGUUGGUGCUGAGAUUGUUGAAGCCCCCAGUAGGUGGCAGUUCUAGAGAAGAUUUCCACUCAGUGUAGGGAAGACAUUUGUAAUAGUGAAAACUGAAAAUGGAGUAAUUGAGUAAUUCACCAUUUUCGUAGAUGUCAGGUAAGGGAAACUUUUCAGUUGAUGAGGCAGAGGGGAUUCAAAUGUGUAAGAGGCUAGA